GAUUGCUUACUUCUGCUGCAUUAUAAUGAGAAGGCUAUUGUCUAAAUCAUUUCAAGUUAACUCAUCUUUGUGACACAAACUAUUUGAAUAAUUGUGGAUUCUCUUGUCUAACAAUUCAGUAGAUCUGCACUUUAAAAUAUCAUAUUCAAAUGAAGAUAUUAAAUUCAAAUAACCUAAGCAAAGGUGGAAAGGAAAAGGCAAUAGAAAUAGAUCGGUAACUUGUACGAUGUGCCCUAGGUUCGCUGCCUACCGAUAUCUAUUUGUGGCAACACUGUAAGCUUGCAUUUUGUCUGUUUCUUUAUCCCUGUGAAAAAUGCCUACCGCAGCUGUAGCUAAGUUAGAGAAACAGGGGUCUUUAGACGCUAAUGACCCUUUACGGCAAGGUAUUGUGAUGGUAGAGCAUAAAAUACGGAAUCUGGAGAAAAGGAAGGCUAAAUUGGAUGGAUAUCGUGAUUUGCAAAAGAGUGGAAAGGACUUGAAUACUGAUCAAUUAGAAGCCAUCUCUAAGUAUGAUGCCGUCAUUCAACAAUUGGAAUUCGCCAAAGAACUCUCUAAGCAUUUGACUAGCUUAGCUUUGGAUGCUGUUAAAAACAUUAAGAAGCAGGCCAGGAAAGAUGCACAGGAAAAAGCACAACAGGAUUUGGCCAGGACUAAAGAAAUGUUAAUGUUACAGGAAGUACUUACGAGCAUGGGACAAGAUCCUAUUAGAGAGGACUUUCUCCAUGGUAAAGCAAAAGUAACGGUCACUUCCGAAGAACUGCAGCAAAUAGAUGAACUCUUCAUUGAGCUUACCCCCAAAAGGGAUGAGCCUAAUGCAUUCCAGGACAUGUUUCAAGGUCCGGCAGAAGUUAUGUCUCAUCUGUUAGAGGGUAAGAACAAGGAAACAUGUGGUACAACUUAUGCAGCACUCAAGGCUAAACUUUUGGACAUAGCUAAGUCUGGAUAUUUUGACAAUGCCCAACCUGAACCUGUUGAGCCAGUCGUCGAGGAAGUACAGCAAGCAGUGGUACCUCCUGUAGCCGAGGAAGCUCCCGUAAAUGUUCCCGUCAACAUACCCAUCGAACAAGCUCCUGUUAUGACUGUUAACUUUCAACCCAGUCACGUGAACCAGAUGCCUGCUGCAGUUGUACCCACCCAGGUGCCACCCCAACCCAGCGUUCCCGUUCCAGUCCCCGUUGUCAUGCCUCCGCUGGCGCAGCCUGAAGAGAUUAGGAAUCCCAACGCUAUUGAGACUACUUACUUCACUCCUAGUCAUCUUAGAGUCUUCCAGUCUGGCACCAUCGAUUUCAUGCAGGAGAACGAAUUAGAUACUCCCGAUCAUGUCGAGGCACCUCCUUCUAUUCCAACGAUGACUUACACGAACCAGAGCUUCACACCAAUGGAGCCUGCUCCACAGCCAGCUCCGGUAGUAGUGCCUAGUCCUCCACAGCCAGAACCACAGCAAAUAUAUCAAAACCAAACUGAUGAAGAGAAAGGAUGGUCUCAUGCAGGUGGUGAUAGCCAUCACCUCCAGCCGAGCCAGCCUCUUGCUGAAGAAAGCAGCGAUUGGUGCGAAGCUGAACCGACCUCCGCUGAGGACUCUUGGGCGACCCAGGCCGAGCAGCAGUGGACCCAACCAGCUCAAGCACAACAGAAUGAUGGAUUUAUAAUGCAAGGUGGAAGAGGACGUGGCGGUCGUGGACGAGGAGGAGGUGACAGGAACCAGAAAGGAGGGAAUUACAAUGCUAGGGGUAGCAGGCCGAGCAGGGGAGGCUAUAACAACAGGGAAGGAGGCUAUAACAAUAGGGAAGGCGGAGGAUAUGGAAGUGGCGGAGGAAACUACAAAGAUCAAAACAGUUACCAAAAUGGAUAUCAAAGCAGAAGCGAGCGGGGAGGAAGGGGUAGAGGUGGCGGCCAACCCAACGAUAGGCAAGGAGGUGGCCGAGGUAGGGGAGGUAGCGGUGGGCGACCCGGCGGUGGCUAUCGUGGAGGCAGUGGCGGGGGUUACAGACAGCAGCAGCAGUAGGCAGCACUCAACAUCACAAGCAACCAAGGAUGAUGAAUUCAUUAUUUAUCUCAGUAGGAAAGAAAUUGUCUUACAAAACAGACUAAAGUUAAGACGAGGGGAGGCUUUUUUCACAGGGAUGAAGUGAAAAGUAAAUUU